GAAGGGAGCACCUGGGCGCUGAAGGAGGCCAGGAGGUGAGGUGGCACCUGAAUGAUUAAAGGGGUCUGGGAUGUGAGGAGACACCCAGAUGUUUGGUGAGCAUUAAGAAUGUUGGACACAUCAUCCAGCUCUGGUGUUUGGGAAGAAAAGCUGAGCUGGAAGUCCACAGGUUCAAACGGGGAGUCAUCUGCUCCUUUUGACAAUAAAUCAGGGAGGUCAAUGGAUCAAAAUGAACAGAGUCACUCGGGACUGUCUGCGAAGAUCCAAUAUGCCAGAGGAUCAGAGCUGAGAAUCAUCCUAGUGGGCAAAACGGGAACCGGCAAAAGUGCCACAGGGAACAGCAUCCUCAGGAAGCAGGCCUUUGAGUCAAGACUGGGUGCCCAAACUGUGACAAAGACUUGCAGUGAGAGUUAAGGAGCCUGGAGGGGCAGGGGGAUGGUUGUUCUGGACACAGCAGAUGUGUUUUCUGGGAAGGAUCACUCUGAAGCCCUGUACAAGGAAGUGCAGAGGUGCUACCUACUCUCUGCACCAGGACCCCACGUGCUGCUUCUGGUGACCCAGCUGGGCCGAUUCACCAUCCAAGACCAGGAGGCUGCACAGAGAGUGAAGGAGAUCUUUGGAAAGGAUGCCAUGAGACACACAAUUGUCCUCUUUACCCACAAGGAAGACCUCGAUGGUGGCUCCCUGGUGGACUAUAUCCGUGACUCAGAUAACAAAGCCCUAACCAUGCUGGUGGCAGCAUGUGGGGGACGAGCCUGUGCCUUUAAUAACCGAGCUAAAGGGAGUGAUUGGGAUGACCAAGUGAAGGAGCUGAUGGACUUGAUCGAGGGUCUGAUGGUGGAGAGAAGGAAUGACCACUAUACCAAUGAACUGUACAGUCUAGCACGGGGGUCCAACUGUGGGCCUGAGGGCUCAGAGGGAAGAGUAAAGAAUUUCAAAGAGAGCCUUAUCAAGUACAUGGAACUUCAGAGAUGUUGCACAACAAUGGCCAAAGCAAAUUGGCUAAGAAGAGCCCUAAUCAAAACACUGCUGUGUAUUUUAUUUUGUAGUCAGCUGUAUUUCAGAUUGCUACUUCUGUUAUUUUCUGUAUUGUUCAGAGUGAGCAAUUUGUUUUGCUUCUUACUCUUUAGUAUGUGCAGUUUAUUCUGUACUUUACUGUGUUGUAUACCCAGAAAGCUCAUGAUAAUUUUGAGAAAGACCACUGGACUAGAAGGCAGGAUGCCUGGAUCAUAGUUACAGAUCAGGAAUUAUUUACUCACUGUUAUUUAGUGGGUGAAUUACAGUACAUUGCCUAUAAAAUGACAUUGUGUUUGAGACUGAAGUGUUUAAACAUUAACAUAUCACUCAAUUUACUCAAGAACUAAACUUUUUAAAAGUUUUUGUGCAUUGAAAUAUAAUACAAAAAUCUUUUGAAAUCUGUAAAUAUAGUAUUUCUCUGAUUAAAAAAUCUCCCAACAAGUUGUACAGUCCUGAAAACACUUUUUUAAAUAUAAUAAUACAAGGGGACCAGCAGUUAGCGUAAUGGCUAUGUCACUGGACUCCCACGUAGCCGAUCAUGGUUUGAGUCCCAGAUC